CUGAAGAGGGCCAAGAUGGCGGCGGCGGCGGCUUCGCUUCGCGCGGCGGUGCUGGGCCCGCGGGGCGCGGGGCUGCCGGGUGCGCGGGCCCGGGGGCUGCUGUGCGGUGCGCGGCCCGGGCAGCUGCCGCUGCGGACGCCUCAGGCAGUGUCCUUGUCGUCGAAGUCCGGCCUGUCCCGGGGCCGGAAAGUGAUGCUCUCAGCGCUGGGCAUGCUGGCGGCAGGGGGUGCAGGGCUGGCUGUGGCUCUGCAUUCUGCCGUGAGUGCCAGUGACCUGGAGCUGCACCCCCCCAGCUAUCCGUGGUCCCACCGUGGCCUCCUCUCAUCCCUGGAUCACACCAGCAUCCGGAGGGGUUUCCAGGUAUAUAAGCAGGUGUGCUCCUCCUGCCACAGCAUGGACUACCUGGCUUACCGCCACCUGGUGGGCGUAUGCUACACAGAGGAUGAAGCUAAGGCGCUGGCAGAGGAGGUGGAGGUUCAGGACGGCCCCAAUGAGGAUGGGGAGAUGUUCAUGCGGCCAGGGAAGCUGUCUGACUACUUCCCAAAACCCUACCCCAACCCUGAGGCUGCUAGAGCAGCCAACAAUGGAGCACUGCCCCCUGACCUCAGCUACAUCAUCAGAGCUAGGCACAGUGGUGAGGACUACGUCUUCUCCCUGCUCACGGGCUACUGUGAGCCACCCACUGGGGUGUCACUGCGAGAAGGCCUCCACUUCAACCCCUACUUCCCUGGCCAAGCCAUUGCCAUGGCCCCUCCCAUCUACAACGAGGUCUUGGAGUUUGAUGAUGGCACCCCAGCUACCAUGUCUCAGGUAGCCAAGGACGUGUGUACCUUCCUGCGCUGGGCAUCUGAGCCAGAGCACGACCAUCGCAAACGCAUGGGGCUAAAGAUGAUGAUGAUGAUGGGCUUGCUGUUGCCCCUGGUCUACGCCAUGAAGCGGCAUAAGUGGUCAGUCCUGAAGAGCCGGAAGCUGGCAUAUCGGCCGCCCAAGUGACCCUGCCUGUUGUCUGCUUGCCCCCCUGCCUGAAUGGGCCCUCAAGCCAAGGAGCUACCCUGGGCCUAUUCGGGCCUCAGCUGGCCCUCUCAGCCAAGCUCCUCUUCCUCUAGGACAAGAGGGGAGGAGGCAGGAGGCCGGGCUCUAGCUCCAGAUCCUUCACUUCCCAUCAUGGAAAUAAAUUAAGUUUCUCAACA